GGUUAGCAGUUGCCUCGCUGCCAUCUCACGCUAGUGCAUCGCAAAGCUGCGGCUCAACAACGCUCUGUGAAGGAUCUGUGGACGUUCUGAAUACCCAGAGGGCAGUGAAAGCCGGACGUCGACUUUUUUAGCCACGACUGUGGUGAUGUCAAGACUGGAAUCAGGGUCAACAGAAGCACCCGCUAGCGGCAGCUCGCCCAUUGACCUCCAUAAAUUGGCAUACGAGGAGCUUGGAGAAACACAACAGCUGAAGAGGGACAAAGUUCAAGAGCUGCGGAACCUCAUAAACGGAGAACCUGAUCUCAGGUGUCCCUCCGACGACGCUUUCCUGGUGAAGUUCCUGCGUGCCCGGAAAUACAGCGUGGAAGAGGCCUUCAGCACGAUUCGGAAGUACUUCCGCGUUAGAAAACUGCACCGGGACAUCUUCGAGGAUCUGCGGCCGUCUCGGGUCAUGUUCGAUGCGGUGUUCCGCCGAAACAAGUUGGCGGUGGUACUCGACGAAAGGGAUCACCUGGGAAGGCUAGUGGCUAUCCUGAAGUUUGGCGCAUGGAAACCUGACGUGUGCGACGUGAUCGAUCUCUUCAGGAUCGGCGUUCUGGGCGCCGAUUACUACCUGCUGGACGAGACAACCCAGAUCGCCGGAAUCGUGGGCAUUCUGGACUUAGAAGGGCUCAGUUUGAAGCACUUUCGUCAUUACACACCCUCCGCGGUCAAGAAGCUCAUUCAGCUUGCUCAGGACUCCUACCCCAUGCGGAUCAAAGGAAUUUACGUUAUAAACAACCCUGCCAUAUUCGAGAUCAUCUACCGUUUUGCAAAGCUGUUCCUAAAGCAGAAGAUCAUAAACAGGACUCACUUCAUUGGACGCGACUAAGAAAAGCUUCAUAAACUUAUUCCCCGGGAGCGACUACCCGAAGAGUACGGUGGCGUCCUGAGGAACUACAACUAUGAUGACUUGGAGAGGAGAUUGCAAAGCAAGGAGGAGUUCUUUGUUGAGCUCGGCCAAUACGGAUACCGGUAGUAUCAAGUGUAGAAAUAAUCAGCGAGACGCGAACGAACUGACUUUCUAAUGCUGUAACGAGAGAAUGUCUAAACGUUUAAUGUUGGCAGAAGUGGAUGUGUGAUGGGCAUCCGUGCAAUAAAAAAAAUGUACAUAUACAUGUUUGUUCCGUUAUGCAUAGGGAAUAAUAAAAGG